CGGCCUCGAGGAGACCCCGCAAGCCCCCCGCGCGCGCCAGUGCGGGCCCGCCCCGAUCCCAGGGUGCACCGCGGCCCGCCCCCUCCCCGCCGUCCCGCCUCCCCUCGGCGCGGGCCCCCUCCCUCCCUCCCUCCCCGCUGCCGGGAGGCGGGGACGCGGCGGCGGCGGCGGCGGCUCGCUUCAGUCGCGUCUCUCUCGCUCACUGGGGAGCCCGGCGGCGGCGGCGGCGGCAGCUCUCGCGGCGGAGACUCGCCCUGCCCGAGCCUCCCGAGGAGGGAAAGUCAGAGCGGACAGCGGGAGCAGCCUGCCGGGUUCCGCCAUGAGCUGGGGCACCGAGCUGUGGGAUCAGUUCGAUAGCUUAGAUAAGCAUACACAAUGGGGAAUUGACUUCUUGGAAAGAUAUGCCAAGUUUGUUAAAGAGAGGAUUGAAAUUGAACAGAACUAUGCGAAACAAUUGAGAAAUCUGGUUAAGAAGUACUGUCCCAAACGCUCAUCCAAAGAUGAAGAGCCAAGGUUUACUUCAUGUAUCGCCUUUUUUAACAUCCUUAAUGAGUUAAACGACUAUGCAGGACAGCGAGAAUUAGUAGCAGAAGAAAUGGCUCACAGAGUAUAUGGUGAAUUAAUGAGAUAUGCCCAUGAUCUGAAAACUGAAAGAAAAAUGCAUCUCCAAGAAGGACGAAAAGCUCAACAAUACCUUGACAUGUGUUGGAAACAGAUGGAUAAUAGUAAAAAGAAAUUUGAAAGAGAAUGUAGAGAAGCAGAGAAAGCACAACAGAGUUAUGAAAGAUUGGAUAAUGAUACUAAUGCAACUAAGGCAGAUGUUGAAAAGGCCAAACAGCAGUUGAACCUUCGUACACAUAUGGCUGAUGAGAAUAAAAAUGAGUAUGCUGCACAGCUGCAAAAUUUUAAUGGAGAACAGCACAAACAUUUUUAUGUGGUGAUUCCUCAGAUUUACAAGCAACUACAAGAAAUGGAUGAACGAAGGACAAUUAAACUCAGUGAAUGUUACAGAGGAUUUGCAGACUCAGAACGCAAAGUGAUUCCUAUCAUCUCAAAAUGUUUGGAAGGGAUGAUUCUUGCAGCCAAAUCAGUUGAUGAAAGAAGAGAUUCUCAAAUGGUAGUAGACUCCUUCAAGUCUGGCUUUGAACCUCCAGGAGACUUUCCAUUUGAAGAUUAUAGUCAGCAUAUUUACAGAACCAUUUCUGAUGGGACCAUCAGUGCAUCCAAACAGGAGAGUGGCAAGAUGGAUGCCAAGUCCACAGUAGGGAAGGCCAAGGGCAAAUUGUGGCUCUUUGGAAAGAAGCCAAAGCCACAGUCCCCACCCUUAACCCCUACUAGUUUAUUCACAUCCAGUACUCCUAAUGGGUCCCAGUUUCUCACAUUCUCCAUUGAGCCCGUGCAUUAUUGUAUGAAUGAAAUAAAAACAGGGAAGCCCAGAAUUCCUUCUUUCAGAAGCCUCAAAAGAGGGUGGUCGAUGAAGAUGGGCCCAGCACUAGAAGACUUCAGUCAUUUGCCACCAGAGCAAAGGCGUAAGAAGUUACAGCAACGCAUUGACGAGCUUAACCGAGGGCUGCAGAAAGAAGCAGACCAAAAAGAAGCACUCAAUAAAAUGAAGGAUGUAUAUGAGAAAAAUCCACAAAUGGGGGAUCCAGGAAGUUUGCAGCCUAAAUUAGCAGAGACAAUGAAUAACAUUGACCGCUUACGAAUGGAAAUCCACAAGAAUGAGGCAUGGCUCUCUGAAGUUGAAGGCAAAACAGGUGGGAGAGGAGACAGAAGACACAGUAGUGACAUAAAUCAUCUUGUGACACAGGGGCGAGAAAGCCCUGAGGGAAGUUACACUGAUGAUGCAAACCAAGAAGUCCGUGGGCCACCCCAACAACAUGGUCAUCACAGUGAAUUUGAUGAUGAAUUUGAAGAUGAUGAUCCCUUGCCGGCUAUUGGACACUGCAAAGCUAUCUACCCUUUUGAUGGGCAUAAUGAAGGUACUCUGGCAAUGAAAGAAGGUGAAGUUCUGUACAUUAUUGAGGAGGACAAAGGAGAUGGAUGGACAAGAGCUCGGAGACAGAAUGGCGAAGAAGGCUACGUUCCCACAACAUACAUAGAUGUAACUCUAGAGAAAAACAGUAAAGGUGCAGUAACUUAUAUCUAAACUAACCAAGGCAGCUUUGUGCCGUGUAUAACGUAAAAUGACAGCACAUUCAACAGGUCAGAAAAAAAACAAAAAGUUAAGGCAUCCUGAUGCAUUGUUCACUAUGUGAGCUGAUUGCAGGCUUGAUCAGAGAGUGUGAAUACUGCCACAAGAAACUCUUUGACGCCUUACUGUUCACAUGAUGUUGGUGUGGAAGCUUAAUUGAUGCCUUUUGCUUUCUGUCCUGCCUAAGUGUGUGUAAAGGAUGUGUGCUUUUCUGCCUUAUAAAUAAUAGAUUUGAUUAUUAGGCAAAAAUCAUAAGUAGAAUGUUCCCUGCCCCCUUUACUUCAGAAACAACAGUGACUGAUGAAUUAAAAAAAAAAAAAAAAAAAAAAACAUGCCUGCUCUGAACUGCAAAAAGCUGAUUCCCAGGAGUGGCUCAACCUAGGCGCUUGAAUUUAUAGUUUCAGGUUCUAGGAAGAAAAGUAAUAGUUGGAUAAUUGGAUAAAAUGACAGUCAUUUUCCUUGCUAUUCUUAACUUGGUUUUCUAAAGAAAGAAAACCAAUACCUGCUGUAUAAUCUAUUUAAUAUGAGCUCAUCUCAGGGUCACAGGAUAAGUCACCUGGUAGAGCUUGUAUGUGAAUAAAACAGCAUUGAGACCUGAAAAUAUUUUCAGGCUUACUGGUAAUUUUCAAUGAUGUACAAAGUUCAUUCCCAGCUAAUCUUAUGCUUCUACUUUUUACUUGAAAAUGUCUUUUAGAAAUACUACAUCAGUGCUCUUUUAGCGUUUGGCAGUUACUCAUAGGAGGAAUUGCAUCUAAUUCAUUGAAGAUAGAGGACAGUCUGGAAUGGCGGAACAUGCUGGCAAUGCUGACUCUUAGAGGAGAAACAGUGUUUUUACUAAAAUGAAGGAAGACCUCUGUACCACCAUUGAGGGCUUCAUUUUAGCUAGACUGUCAACUGUCAGAGUAGAUACCUUUUUUCCAAUGUAUCACCAAAAUCAUCAGUUGGAAUCGUUAUCCAGUCAAGAGCUGUACAGUGUAAUAGUCAUGUGGCCGCACCCCAAUUAGUGAGUGGGGUGUAAGGGGAGGGCAGUAACACUGGCUUUUGAUCAUCUCAUGUUUCCAAGUUCAUAGCUGACUAUAAAAUAAUUUUAAGAACAUUUGGGACAAACACUUUAAACUGAAUGCCCCUUUUAAUCUUACCAAAGGUCUUCAGUAAUUGUUUUUUUCUUUUUCCUCCUGGACUGCAGGUUCCUGAAGAGGGUUUCUGAGGAAAUGGGCAAGAUGUUGAAGGAGGUUACAUGCAGCUGCUUUUGGGGGGAGGGUAUUAGAGUUGUCAGGCUGAAAGAGAAAGUGAGAGAAGCAAGUUGCAUGUAUGCAUGCAGAAUUUUUUUUUUACUAACUUCAUUAGCAUUUCCAUACAUAAUACAAGAGUCAUUAUAGUACCAGUCCUUAAAUUCGUAGUUCACAGUUGUUGACAUGGAAGAAGAAAAGAAAAAAAGCCAGCAAUGGCUGACCUCUUUUUUCAUUUAUUGUACCAAAUCAAAAAGAAUGCAGAGCUGUCUUAAAGUUUGUCUUAUUUUCGGCUGUCCGGUAGGACUGUCUUCAUCCAGCUCUGUUUUAAUUGGCUUUUAGACCUAUUGUCUGUUAGAACCCUUGCCAUUUGUCAGUGUCUGCCUGCACCACCUCCGUGCUUGCUUAACAUCCUGUUGCAUGUCUAGAGUGAUCUGGGCUUAGAUUUUUCAGGCAUGUCUCUGUAAUCAAUCCCCUGUUCUUGUCAAAGCCUUUGUUUCAUUUUGCAUUUGUAGUGCAAAUCACUUUGUCAGACAUCUCAGUACUAAUGUUUCCAUCUUAGUGUUUGUGUAUGCUGCUAAAUCUUCCCCACUGCAAACAUUCCAGUUUUGGCAUUAUGAAGACAUAGUCUGUGAACCUGAAGUAUUUAUGAUAAGAAAAAGAAAACAUCUCUGCUCUAGCCUACAGCCCAGUUAAAGACUCUGAAAUGUGACACAUCUUCAGCACCUCAGUCUGGGAGAAUCUGGUCAGCACUGAAGUCCUGGCAUAAUAACAAGAUGCGCACCAUCGAAGGGACUGUUGUCAAAAGUCAGCUGCUUCCAUUCAAAUGCUGCCUUAAACUCGAGUGCCUAAAUCUGUUGAUUGCCAACACUACCACUACAGUAUCCCACAAAGGGCUUUGUGUGCCGGCUCAGUGCUCCUCUAACUGCGGCACCGUCGCAGCUGUGAUGUAGCCUCGGUAGGUGGCUUCUAGAGCUCUACCAUGUGCAGUGGUGCAUCUUCAAAUUUAUGCAUCGAACUAAAGACCUGUCCUAGUCCAUUUUGCUUUCAUCAGUGUAUUUAUGAGAAGUUUGAUGGACCUCCUCCCAUCAUCUUUAAUGGAGUGAUGACGAUCUCAUUUGAUUAUUACAAUGAUAGUCUCUUUCCAAGUGAUGCUUUUGUUUGAACCAGAUAAAAUUUAGUGAACCUUUGUAAUGAUCUAUGUGCACUUUUACUUGUAAAAUGGAAAUUUCUGUAUGUUUAUACUUGUAAAUACAGUUGUCGUUAGUACCUUCAUUGCUCAUGUUGUCCUGCCUCGCAUUUGUGAUUCUGUUAAUGACUUGUAUCUGAACUAAUUUCUUAGUGGUCUUGUAACAGGGAGGUGGGUGGGGGUGGGAGGGUUAUUUGUACCACCGAAGCUCCAUUAAUUUGGUUAUUUACUGUUUUGAGGGGAGAAAGAGAAUGUGAAAUGUUCUGUGUAUUAUUGGAUUUCAAGCAAUAUUUUAGAAACUGUGUGACUGCUUUAAUAAUUUUUCCAGUGCUAUUUGAAUCAUACUACCAGUUAUACUAAAGCUGAAUGACAAUUGUGUGAACAUUAAUGCCUUCAUAAGAUCAAGUACACCACUGUUAUGCAGCUGACAUGUAGUGUAUUACCUUUGAGGCUAGUAAACUAUACAGUUUUAGAUAUUAAAUCUCGUUACAGGGUUAUUUAUAUAAUGUGACAUUAUUAUAUACUGACAGACUACAUAAAGUAGUUUUUAAAAGUAGUGCUAUUUUUAUUUCAGAAGUUAGCAAUGAGGAGGAAAUGUGACCUGGCUGUGUUUGUCUCUGUACAAAGCCUGGAGUACUUAUGUUUUUCUGACUAACAAUCACAGAGGGCAGAGUUCAAAGCUUUCUUGUAAGGACUGUUCUUUUCAAGCUACUGUGUGUUUUUCUAAAGCUGGCGUUUGCUUUCAUAGGAGGCAAUUUCCUUCUUGUGGAGUAGUGCAACCUGUAUAAUGGUUAUUACAUUUGAAAAGACACUUGUACUUGCACAGUUUAAGUCAUUCUUAAGUCAUUCCUAAACUUUGAACAUGUGAGCUUUCUAAAAGAAAUCUUUUAAUUUUGCAGUAAUUUUCACUCUGUGCACAUAUUGAUUUCUUAAUGGUAAAAUGCCUUGUUUAUUAUAGUGUUCUCUGUUGAGAAUAUUUUCAUGGAAUAAAACAAACUUUUCAUGUCGGCUAAAA